AUGAAAACCUCUACAUUUUGGACCGUUGCCGGGCUCGUCGGCGCCGCCGCCGCCAUGCCAGCCAACUCCGAGACACCAGCCGCCGCCGUCGCCGCCGACGCCACCAGCACCGGCUCGGCCCCGUCGUGCACGGCGUCCCUCAUCACCACGCUCUGCGACUACCCCUCCCCCGGACCCUACUCCGCGGCCAUCGAGAACAAGGAAUCCUGCUGGCGGUACUGCCAGGAGCACGGCCCGUGCAACUUUGUCAUCUUCGCCGCGAGCGGCAGCCCCUGGGGUGGCGGCACCUGCUGGACGUACCCCGGGCUCGUAUUUGACGCGAGCAAGGGCCAGCCCGGCUCGAGCUGCUCCUUUGCGUACCUGUCCGUGUUUGACAAGCCGACGUGCACCGGUGUCGCGCCAGGGCCGGCCGACCGCGUGCCGAGCGAGUGCUCCGCGGCCGUGGCGACGCCGUCGGCACGCGCCGCCGUCUGCGGCUACCCCACGCCGCCCGACGACUGCCGCAGCAGCUGCACGGCCAGCGGUGGCGUGUCGGACUGCAUCGCGCAGUGCGCCCUCCGCGCCGAGGAGGCCUGCACCUACGCCGUCUUCAACCCGAGCGACCCCGCGUACCUGGCCAACUCGCCGGGCAGCUGCUGGAUGUACCCCGCGGGCGCGUACGACGCCGCGCUCGGCAAGACGUGUGAAGGCGGCGCGCCGGAGCAGUACGUGUAUGACAAUCCGUGUCCGCCGCGCCCCUCGCCGACGACGGGCGGGGCGGCGGCCGGCAGCACCGUGUAG